AUGGAGCAGUUGUUGUUGUUGCUGCUGUUGUGGCUGCAGUGCCUGGGCAGCUGCCAGGCCAGGUGUCGGGACGAGCCGCCGCGUGAUUGUGAGGCCAUCUGCGAUAAGACCGGCGGCAACUGUUCCAUACGGGCCCUGGUGCUGCUCCCAAAUGACGAUGGGUACGAGGCGUCGCUGCAGCGCGUGCUGCCAAUUCUGAAGGUGGCAGAGCAGCAGAUCCGUGCCACAUCGCUGAUACCAUCGUAUAUUGACCUGGAGUGGCUUGCCCACGACACCAAGUGCGAUGCCUCGCUGGGCGUCAUCCGGGCCAUGGAUGGCAUCAUUAAGCAGUGUGCGCAGAUUAUUUUUGGACCUGUCUGCGACUAUUCGCUGGCUGCUGUAAGUCGCAUUACCAAGUAUUUCAAUAGCCAGGGCACGCCCCUCAUCACCGUGGGCGGUUCCACCUACGACUUUGAGCAGAAGAAAACCGAUUGUGGCGAUGAGUUUUAUAUGCUACUGCGCACAGGAAUGCUCAGCUUUGAGUCCUUAUCCGAAUUGACUAUAAAUGUGAUGAAGCAGCACAACUGGUCCCAUUCUAUUUUCUACUAUGAACGCGAUGGUCAGCGCAACGUGGCAGGCUUGCACACCUGUUUUCUUAUGAUGAAAUCCCUCGGCAAACAGAUGCGCAACGAAAACAUGACCUUUGCCCAAUAUCCGCUUGAGCCAAAUAUCACGAAUCGGUCGGAGGAAAUGCGCCGCGAAAUUGGCAAUAAACAUUCAAGUAAGUAA